AGUGCCAGUCGGUGGGACUACAAAUAACGUUAAGCAACCUUCUGUUAUUCCUGCGCACUAUCGCGCUUUGACGGGCAAACAUGUAAUACUUCAUACUUUAACAAAACCAGCAAACCACCAAAUCGAUCCCAUGUCAGCCGGGGCGGUGUCUAGACUGAUUUAACGGAGGCGAGAUGAAGGAGGAGCGGGGCUGCGGCAUGCGGAGCGCCGUCGGGUUCCUCUCCCGCAGGAUGAUCCGCGGACCGCCGCAGCUGAAGGAGGAGUUCCAGCGGCGGAGGUUCGCCGGCUGCUCUAGCCUCUACAAGAGGGACAUGCUCGGCCACUUCGGCUGCGUCAACGCCAUCGAGUUCUCCAACAAUGGAGGACAGUGGCUGGUGUCGGGUGGUGAUGACCGCAGAGUGUUGCUGUGGCACAUGGAGAAAGCGAUGCACUCAAAGGCCAAACCAAUCAAGUUGAAGGGAGAGCAUCUUUCCAACAUCUUCUGCCUGGCGUUUGACAGCACUAACAAACGUGUUUUCUCUGGAGGAAAUGACGAGCAGGUGAUUCUGCACGAUGUGGAACGUGGCGAGACGCUCAAUGUCUUCCUGCACGACGAUGCCGUCUACGGUCUCUCUGUCAGUCCUGUUAAUGAUAACGUCUUCGCCAGCUCCUCUGACGAUGGCAGAAUUCUCAUAUGGGACACACGAGAGCCACCACAUGGAGAACCGUUCUGUUUGGCCAACUAUCCCUCGGCAUUCCACAGCGUGAUGUUUAACCCUGUUGAACCCCGUCUGCUGGCCACCGCAAACUCUAAAGAGGGGGUGGGUCUGUGGGACAUCCGCAAACCUCGCAGUUCACUGUUGAGGUAUGGAGGGAGUUUGUCUCUUCAGAGUGCCAUGAGCGUGCGUUUCAACAGCAUGGGGACGCAGCUGUUGGCCCUGCGCAGACGUCUGCCUCCUGUCUUGUACGAGCUGCACUCCCGUCUGCCCAGCUUCCAGUUCGAUAACCAAGGAUACUUCAACUCCUGCACUAUGAAGAGCUGCUGCUUCGCCGGAGAUCAAGAUCAGUACAUCCUGUCUGGCUCGGAUGAUUUUAACCUUUACAUGUGGAGAAUCCCCACCGACCCGGAGGCAGGAGGUAUUGGUCGGGUGGUAAACGGGGCCUUCAUGGUACUGAAGGGUCAUCGCUCUAUUGUAAAUCAAGUUCGCUUUAACCCAAACACGUACAUGAUCUGCUCCUCCGGGGUUGAGAAGGUCAUUAAGGUAUGGAGUCCAUAUCAGCAGCCAGACAGUGACGGUGAUCUGGAUGGUUUGGUAGAGGAUAAGUCUCGCUCUCUCUACACCCAUGAGGAAUACAUCAGCCUGGUCCUCACCAGUGGAAGUGGCUUAUCCCAUGAUUACGUCAACCAAUCAGUGCAAGAGGACCCCCGAAUGAUGGCUUUCUUCGACUCACUGGUCCGACGCGAGAUCGAGGGCUGGAGCUCGGAUUCGGACAGCGAUUUGAGCGAGGGUGCGAUUAUGCAGCUGCACGCAAGAGCUCGCCGUUCUGCGCGACCCACACAGCAAUCUCCUGCCAGUCUAUCUGCCGUUCAUCAGAGCGACUCUGACAACUCCUCUGCGUCCUCGAUGGCUGGCCCGGAUGUGUCGGGGAGAGAGCGAACUGAUCAGGACAGGGGUGAGUCACAGAUAAGCGGGGCAGGGCCUCGUGAAUCGUCAUUUCUGCUCGACUUUGUGAACGAGGACUCCGAUUCCAGCGGGUUCUGGUUAGACCCAAUGCCUCGUCCCAGAUCCCCCAGUCCACGUGAGAACUCGAGCCUCUCCAGUCAUGCUUCCUUGGUAGGUGUGGCCUCUAGUUCUAGCUCAUCCCCCAGUUCCUCCUCAAGCUCGUCCUCCAGCAGUGACGGCAACGAUGAGGAGCUGCGUAGUAGCAGGAUGCGACAACGCAACGCUGCGAGGCUGAGGCACCAUAUGGGCCUUUCUGGCAGAGAUUCUGCCACCAGUCUUGAUACCGCAACAGAUUUCUCCAGCUACCCCAGCAUAUCCAUCCACGAACCGCUAUCGCCUUCUUCAUCAUCGGGUGAUGAUGUUCGCUCUUUUAGGAAGCGUGGGAAAGAAAAGGCAAGCGGACAUGCCCCAAGCCCCGCACACUUAUCUGACAAACAAGCACAAUCCAGAUUUAGACGUCGCAUCACUUCCUCUCGUUUAGGCGGUGAUGUUCGCGUUGAGAGAGCGAAAUCACGAGCAGGCUGGUGUGUGGAAUCUGGGGAGGAACAAGAGAGAGGAAGAACUAGCGGGGAAGAUUUAAGCGCAACACAUAGUGCUGGGGAGGAAGUAAAUGCAGUUCUUUGCGGUCACACCAAUGCAAGCUCUAGUGUUAACGGACAUCCACAUACAGAUGUGGAGAGUGAGAGCCGUGCAGACUGCGUUCACCCAGAAUCCUCUAUGGCAGACUCUGAUAUCAAUAGAAACUCAGACUCCAGGACUCAGGGGAACACCUCUAGCAGGGAGUCAGCCAGUGUUGUUGGGAAACGGACUCGUUCAGACUCGGGAGACGAAGAGGGUUCUUCGUCCGAGGAAAAGGCUAAAGCAUCGUGAUGGACUGGCUUAAAGUCAGAUUUAUCUUGAGUUGUUAGUGGUUUAAAUUUGGACUAUUUCAACAUCUUUUGGUUUUCGACUUUUAAUGCAAAUUCCCUUUCCCUCUUUUUUCUGAUGUCAUGUAUUCUGGGGUCAUACAGUGAUGACACUAAAAAAAAAAUAUUGAUAUUAAUAUGGUACAGAAAAAUUAUAAAGGCAGUGCUUUUGGUUUCAUCAUAUUUUCGUUUCAUAGAACCUGUGACCUUUCUGUCAGGGUUUUGGUUCAUUUGAACUUGAAGCUGCGAAAAGAAAAAAGGUUUUGAGAGUUUCUAAAGAAGGCCUGUUUCAGUGGGACUAGGGGGUUCAGGGGGCAAGAAACAGUGUUUCCAUGGUAACCUCAUUGAACAGCAGCUGUUUGAGUUGUGCAUUAAAGUUCUGUUCCAGUGUUUCCAAAGAAACAGUUUG